GCGGCGGCGGGGCUCCCGACUCCGCAGUGUGUGAGGGGGCGAGGCUGGGCUGGCGGUGCAGCUACCUGAGCGGCCUCUCCCCCGCGUCUAGCCAGGGCCUACGCCGCCGAGCGGAGCCACCCGCCGCUUUCUCCUCAGCCCCGCGCCAGGCCGCGCGGCCGGCCCCGGCGGAGCCAUGAGCUCGGGCACCCCCUACAUCGGGAGCAAAAUCAGCCUCAUCUCCAAGGCGCAGAUCCGCUACGAGGGCAUCCUCUACACCAUCGACACCGAGAACUCCACCGUGGCGCUGGCCAAAGUGCGGUCAUUUGGUACUGAAGACCGUCCCACAGACAGACCUGCUCCUCCAAGAGAAGAGAUUUAUGAAUACAUAAUUUUCCGGGGAAGUGACAUCAAAGACAUUACUGUAUGUGAACCUCCUAAAGCUCAACAUACUCUGCCUCAGGAUCCUGCCAUUGUCCAAUCUUCACUGGGCUCUGCCUCUACAUCAUCCUUCCAGCCACAUGUGCCUUAUAGUCCAUUUAGAGGCAUGCAACACUACAGCCAGCUUGCUGCCAGCUCUUUACUUAGCCAGCAAUAUGCAGCUUCAUUAGGUUUAGAGAAACUGGUAAGCCCUCCAACAUCAGCAGCUGCUUCCAGCCCUAGCUCUUCUCCGUCUCCACAACCUGUUUCAGAGCCUGACAUGUCUUCCGAGCCACAUCAGCUCUCUUCCAAGGGUACUGGCUUCCCAUUGGUUCACCCAGUACGCAAAAGCCCCAUGGUGGAGCAGGCUGUUCAGACUGGUCCAGUUGAUAACAUGAAUCAAAAAAAGCCACCCCCAGCAAAAGUAGUUUCCGGGAUCCAACGCAACGGAAGGCAGAUUCCACAAAGUAGUAAGACAAAUGAUACAGUUCAGCCACCACCUGUGCAAACUCAAGGCCAGGUGAAUGAUGAAAACAGAAGACCUCAAAGGAGAAGAUCGGGAAACAGGAGAACCAGAAACCGUUCUAGAGGACAAAAUAGACCAGCCACUGUGAAGGAAAACACAAUAAAGUUUGAAGGUGACUUUGAUUUUGAAAGUGCAAAUGCACAGUUCAACCGAGAGGAACUUGAUAAAGAAUUCAAGAAGAAACUGAACUUUAAAGAUGACAAAGCUGAGGCAGGUGAAGAAAAGAGUGAUCCUGGAGUAGCAACUCAGAAUGAUGGCAAUGCAGAUGAAGACCUCCUUGGACCCAAUUGCUAUUAUGAUAAAUCAAAGUCAUUCUUUGACAACAUCUCUUCAGAACUAAAAUCCAGUUCCAGGCGUACAACAUGGGCUGAAGAAAGGAAGCUUAAUACAGAGACAUUUGGCGUGUCUGGCAGGUUUCUUCGUGGACGUAGCUUUCGUGGUGGAUUUCGAGGUGGAAGGGGUAGUGGAGCAGCACGGCGAAACCAAACAACUCACAGAGCUGGUACUGGAAGAGUGUAAUGGAGGCUCUAAAUUCCUCUGCCAUGAAGAUGAAAAUUAUGUAUAUAGGAUGAAACAAACUGCUGUACCAAUGUGGGCUAAGAAGUCCUUGUUUACUGUCUGAAAGUCAAUGACAGAAGUUCAUGUACUACUGCUUGUAUUUUGGGCUUCAGCUUAAUUUGAACCAGCAUCUGAGAGCUGGAAUAUUUUUGGAAGCGGGAAUGUGUUCAGGGUUAUCUUCUUGGAGUCUUUUUUUUUUUUUCUCCCCCCCCCAAAGUGCAGGCAACUUAAAAUAUGGUUCUUCUUUCUGGGACUCUAUAAAGUUACUGUCAUUGAAACAAAGUAAAACUCCCUUUCUGUACCCUGAAGAUCAUCAUGCUAUUUUAACUUUAUUUAAAACAGAACCAAAGCUCACUGGAAGUAAACCAGCUAACUUUGUUCUGAGCAACCAAAUGUACCCUUUGCUGCUGCUGCUGAUCUCUCAUUAAGGCAGCAUAACUUCAGUAGCACGUGGUGUCUGGAAAUACAGAUUUCUGCUGCUGAAGGGGUUGUGUAUAGUGUGACUUGGGAAUACUGGGUGGCUGCUGAUCAUGUGAUAGUGUAAAAGUGUACAGUUGUUUGCAGGUCCACUAAUCUUUCAGGGGUACUGCAUGAUUCCAUGCAAUGGCACAAAAUCAGUCACUUGGGGCUGUCUCUGAAGUCCUGUUUGGAGGAAAAAGCCCAAAGCCUCUAACUAGCCCGGUUCUAUGUAGGGAAGAGUGCUAUGUUGUAUUUCCUCACUCAUAAAACAGUGCUAGAACAGCAAGUGAUCUCCUACAUGCGGUGUGAAAUACUCCAUGAAAUGUUCUUGCAGUAGCUUACCUGUAAACUAAGCAAGAAUAAAGAUGGAGAAACCUCUCAAAAGGAGCAAUUUGAGAGAUGGCUUAUGACUUAUUGCCCCUAACAGUACCAGACUGUGUGAACCGUAGACACUGCAAACAGCUUUAUGUACACUUAUAGGCUCUGUGAUGGAACACUAUAGAAUGUUGCUUUCCCUAAACUAAAAGGGUGGCCCAUGUAAUGAAGCUUAUCAGAUGGGUGGUAAUUUUUCUCUAACCCCCCCAACUGUACAUAGUUCUUUUGUUAGAGGUGUGGGGCAAAUUGGGAGGAGGGGUUAUAAACUUGUUUGCAUGAAUAAGUGGGUUAAGCUUAGUUAUUAGGCAUGUGUUCCUUUCAUGGUUGAUGGGAAAUUUUUGUUGAAAAAGCACUUUGAUAACUGAACCCAUUACAUAGCCAGAAUUUUAAUUUAUGCAUUGACUAAGUUACUGUAAAAGCUUGGCUUUCUUUUUGUUAGGACUUCAGUAAGAAUUAGAACACAGCUGCCCCAUUGCUAUGGAGAAAUGUAAAUUGUAAUAAAUAAACAUGUACAUGUUUAA